AUGUCGCUGGCCAAGGCUAGAGAUGAUGGUCCCAUUCAGAGGACCAUUCAGAAGUAUUUGGAUGCCUUGAAAGCAGUUUUGGGAGUGUACUCUGACAGGAUUGGAGAAUACUGGAGAUACUCAGCUGAGUCUUGGGGGCCUCAAGCAAAGCUCUUGGAGUUUGAGGCUGUGGGGCUGGUUCGGGCUUUCCUGUGGGCACCAGAGUCGGUUUGCGUGUGCCCAGCGAUAACCAAGAGCCCCGAGAAGAGGGGGAGCCUUCUGAAACUGAGCGCACUAGUGGCGGCGCGCUGGCUCGACGCUGCAGGGACACGUUCCCGGGCUCCCGCCAGCAGAGGACAUCCCGCCGCCGUCCCUCAGCGCCUCAGCGCUCCCGCCGCAGCAGCGCCGGCUGCCCACGGUGCCGCCUCAGGCGGGCGCGCUGCCCGGCCCAGGCCGUGCUCGGGGUGCCGGCGGCCGCUGCGGAGCUGCAGCGGAGCGGGGCGAGCCGAGCCGGGAGCGGCGCGGGAGGCGGAGGCCCCGCCGCAGCGGGCGGCGCUGAGGGGCGGGCAGGGCCGAGGGGCCGCGGCUCCGCAGGCCGCGCCCGUGGCGGCGGUGUGUCCGCAGCGCCGCGGGGUCCGAGGGGACAGCGCGUGUGCCGGGCACGGAGAGAGGCAGGGACGGUGCAGGGAGGCUACCCUGCGACGAGAGGGAGAGAGGGAGAAGGGUAGGGAGCGAGGAGUGGGGAUGUGUACGGGACUGCAAGGGAGGAACCGGGAGAGGAAAAGGGACGUCUCUCAGCAGGGAGAAAGCCAGAGACGCUUGUACAGGGAACUGCUGCGGAACUACAAUCGUCUGGAACGACCCGUAGUGAAUGACUCCCAACCGCUCGUAGUCGAACUCCAGCUUUCCUUGCUGCAGAUAAUUGAUGUGGAUGAGAAGAAUCAGGUUUUGAUCACCAAUGCUUGGCUGCAGAUGUCCUGGGUUGAUGCUUACUUGUCUUGGGAUCAAUAUGAAUACCCAGGAGUGCAGAACUUGCGAUUUCCUGCUGACCAGAUUUGGGUACCAGACAUUCUUCUGUAUAACAGUGCAGAUGAAAGAUUCGAUGCAACAUUUCACACAAAUGUGCUGGUGAACUACUCUGGAUCCUGCCAAUAUAUUCCUCCAGGCAUUUUGAAGAGCACAUGUUACAUUGAUGUCCGCUGGUUCCCCUUUGAUGUGCAGAAGUGUGAUUUGAAGUUUGGCUCCUGGACUCACAGUGGCUGGUUGAUCGACCUGCAGAUGCUGGAGGCUGAUGUUUCCAACUACAUCUCAAAUGGAGAAUGGGAUUUAGUGGGUGUCCCAGGGAAGAGGAAUGAGAUGUACUAUGAAUGCUGCAAAGAACCAUACCCAGAUGUGACAUACACCAUCACCAUGCGUCGACGCACCCUCUACUAUGGCUUGAACUUACUCAUUCCCUGUGUUCUCAUAUCUGGCUUAGCACUGCUUGUAUUCCUUUUGCCAGCUGAUUCUGGGGAAAAGAUUUCUUUAGGUAUCACUGUCCUUCUUUCCCUGACUGUAUUCAUGCUGCUUGUGGCUGAGAUCAUGCCUGCAACUUCUGACUCUGUCCCACUAAUAGCUCAGUAUUUCGCUAGCAUCAUGGUCAUCGUUGGUCUGUCUGUGGUGGUAACAGUGCUGGUUCUGCAGUUUCACCAUCAUGACCCCCAAGCAGGAAAGAUGCCCAAAUGGGUCCGUGUCAUCCUGCUGAAUUGGUGUGCUUGGUUUUUACGAAUGAAAAAGCCUGGGGAAAACAUAAAGCCCCUGUCUUGCAAGUACAGCUAUUCCAAGCAGCAGCUGAGCAUAAACAGCAUGGAAGUGAACGUCCUUCCCGGGCACCCGUCCAGCAAUGGUAACACCAUCUACAGCUACCACCCCAUGGAGAGCCCGUGCUGCCCACAGCAGAACAACCUGGGCAGCAAGGGCGGAAAGACGACCUGCCCCUUAGCAGAAGAUAUGGAGCUUGUGCAAAAGAAAGGUUUAGUGGACACUCUUCCAGUGAUGGUGAAGAUCCUGGAGGAAGUCCAGUUCAUAGCGAUGCGGUUCAGGAAGCAAGAUGAGGGUGAAGAGAUCUGCAGUGAGUGGAAGUUUGCAGCUGCAGUCAUAGACAGAUUAUGUCUGGUUGCAUUUACCCUUUUUGCCAUCAUUUGCACAUUUACAAUACUCAUGUCUGCUCCAAAUUUUAUAGAAGCUGUUUCAAAGGAUUUUGCAUAAGGUUUUCAAAGAUGAGCAUGAAAAUCAAAAAGUGAAUAUUGCCAGUAAUUUUACUAGAUAAUUUAACUCAAAUAGAGAAGUGUACUUAUAUGUGCUAACAUACACAGAAGGGGAUUAAAAUAAUUUCAGGACAUAAUUAUUCCUGAUGUUAGUGAUUGUAGUUACUGAAUAGUAAAUGUAUUGAACUCUGUUACUUAUUUCAUAGACUAGUGCCACAUGUAAUUAUGUCAAGAUCUGUGAUAAGUGAUAGACAAGAAUUCAAUACAUUACAAUACUAUAAUAUAUUUAUUACAAGUUAACAUUGUAUCAAUGUGUUACUUUGAAUUUGUGAACUCUUGGAUAUUGUUAAUUUAAAUGACCUUGAAGACUAUAAUUUUUGCAUCAUUUUAUUGUUUUCAGUAUGUCUGUGUUUUAUAAUUAUUGU